CGGAGGGUGGAGUUAGUUGUAGCUGCGCGCUGUCUGUCAACCAGGAAGUCCUCAAUAAGACACAUUCACUUUCCAGAUGCAGAGGAAUGGAGGCAUGCUGAUGUGUCUGUUCUCCUCCUGCGCUCUAGGCUGGGCAUCUAUCUGCCAUGAAUAAGAGGAAGUCUUUUGUCCACAAUGUUGUAAAACCUUCUAAGACUCCUAGGACGGAUGGUAAAACACAUGUCCAGGAUGAGGAGGAGGUUGAUGAGGAGGAUGAAGUCCAGCAAGAUCACUCACUCUCUGCUUCGAGCAUUGGAGAUAUCGGUGUGAUAGAAAGUAUCACUUUGAGGAACUUUAUGAGUCACCAUUUGCUUGGACCUUUCAAAUUUGGACCAAAUGUAAACUUCAUUGUUGGGAACAAUGGAACUGGGAAAAGUGCUAUUCUGACAGCUCUUAUAGUGGGUCUCGGUGGAAAAGCAACCACAACCAACAGAGGAACAUCUCUGAAAGGCUUUGUGAAAUAUGGAGAGAGUUUUGCAGACAUUAAAGUCAAAUUAAAAAACAGAGGGAAUGACCCCUAUAAAGGUGACAUUUAUGGCGACAGCAUCUGCAUUGAGCAUCGGAUCACAAGCGACGGUUGCAGGACUUGUAAAAUCAAGAAUAAAAUUGGCCAUGUCAUUUCAACAAAGAAAGAAGAGUUAACUGCUAUACUGGACCAUUUCGGUAUUCAGGUUGACAAUCCCGUUUCAGUGCUCAAUCAAGAAAUGAGCAAACAGUUCCUGCAUUCAAAAAGUGAAGCAGACAAGUACAAGUUUUUCAUGAAAGCAACUCUUCUGGAGCAAAUGAAAAGAGACUACAUUCACAUCAAGCAGACUAAAGCCUUGACACGCGAACAAGUGGAAAGACAAGAAGAGUGUCUUAAAGAUCUCAGGCAGUUGUUUUUGCAAAAGAAAGAAAGAUAUGAACGCUUGUCAUCGCUCGACAACAUGAGACAGACUCUGGAGGAUCUGAAAAAGAAGAUGGCGUGGUGUUUGGUGAGAGAGAAGGAGAGGCUUGUUGAACAACUGAUAGAACAAAUUGAAAAAGAAGAGUCUGACUGUAAACGGGAAGAAAAGCUGCAGCUCUGUCAGAGCAAAGUUAGCGCUGCUGAAAAGAGAUUGCAGGACAUUCAGAAGAAGCUUUGCACUCUUAGAGAAGAGCAGGAGCGUUUGGCAGAGGAGAGCUGUAAGAUGAAGGAAGAAAUUAAAGUCAAAACAAAAGCACUGAAGAGUCAAGAGGUGGUUUACUUCCGCGCUGAGAAUAAAUUGAAACAAUUAGAAAAGGAGCAAUGCCUUCUUCAGGAGCGAAUUCACAAAAUAAGUCACGGCAGUGGCAGAAGAAGUCAUGAGACUGAGCAAGCACAGCACCUCAAAAAAAUAGCUGCCUUCAAAAAGCAGCUGGAAAAGCUUGAGAAAGAGUCCAGCGCUCUGAAUCAAGAGAUUAAGGACAAACAACAAGCUCUGCUUAAAGGAAGAGAGGAAUAUGAUAAACUCAGCAUGGAGGAGAAGAACAUCCAGGUUUCUCUGGAGUCCAAACUGAAGAGAAAGAAGCAGCUAAUGGCCAGCAGAUCCAACAGACUGAGACGCUUCGGCGAUCACAUGCCAGAAUUGAUGGAGUCCAUCGACAAAGCCUUCGCUCAGGGCCGAUUCAUCAAGAAACCUGUAGGACCUAUAGGUGCAUGCAUCAGCCUAAAGGAUCCCAGUUUAGCCGUGGCUGUGGAGAGUUGCUUACGAGGUUUCUUUAAAACCUUUUGCUGUGAUAAUUACAGGGACGAAAAAGUCCUGCAGGGCCUGAUGUCCUCAUACUUCCCCAAAGGCAGCAGGCCUCAGAUUAUGGUGUGUCCAUUCACAGACAGAGUUUAUAACCUGCAAGGCCGUGGAGUCCAUCAUCCUGAGUUUCCAUCUGUGCUGGACUGCCUCAAUAUCGAGAACCCGGUGAUAACAAACUGUCUGAUUGACAUGAGGGGCAUUGAGAGCAUUCUCAUUAUCAAAGAGAAAGCUUGUGCGAGAAGAGUCAUGCAGGGGUCGAGACCCCCGAAGAAUUGCCGUGAGGCCUUCACUGCAGAUGGUGAUCAGGUCUUCAGCCAUCGCUAUUACACACCUGAACAUGAAGUACUGGUCAAAUAUCUCGGUGGAGACCCAGAGGCAGAAAUACGUCUAGUGGAGUCAGAGCUGGAGAACAGUCAGGCUCAGCUUUCACGUUUCCAGCUUCACUUGGUCUCUGUGAAGGAAGACAUUCAGUUCAUGGAGGAGAAGCUGCGGAGUGUCAUCAUGGCCUGCAAAAAGAAUCAGGAAAGUAUAAAUAAGGUUAAAGCUUCCAUAACAGAACUUGAGAACAUUGAAGAGGCGCAGGCUGAAGACAUCAGCUCCCUGGAAGAAGAUGCACAGGAAAAUGAACAAAAGAUCGAAUCAGAGAGGAGAAACGCGAAAGAGGCCCAGGAUGAGUUAAAGGAGCAUGAGAGAGUGCUUUCGAGUAUUAAUCAGAAAUAUAAAGAUGUGAAAAAUAAAAUGGAGCAACUCUCAGAUGAGACGGAACAACUGAAGGAGGAGCAGGUUAAGGCAGAGGCUGUGUGCAGUAAACUUGAUCAGACAUUGAAGAUCUUGGAGAAGAAACUCGAGGAUCAUCAGGCUAAUAUUCAGACCAUGAAAGAUGAUUUGUCACUCAGAGAGGAAGAAAUGCAGGAUUGCGAAGCCAAAGCCAAAGAGAUCUGUCCUGUGCGACAGCAGGUAGAUCAGAGUGCCAAAUGUAUCGAUGCCGAAAUCACACGCCUUCGACAAAAAAUCAGUACAGAAGAGAGCAGCCACGGUGACAAGGAACAAGUUAUCAGGGAGUACGCAGAGGCUCACACUAAUUACAAAAGCAAAUCCAGCCAGCUGAGGGAUCUCAGGAAGUUUAUUGAUCGUCUCGACCACAUCAUGAUUGACCGUCAGGACAGAUACAAAUCAAUGCGACGGUCACUUUCUGUGAGGUGCAAGCUGUACUUCAACAACUUCAUGAUGCAGCUGAACUGCUGUGGCUCUAUGAUGUUUAAUCACAUCAAUGAAACUCUGUCCAUUUCAGUGAAACCCCCCGGUCAGGAAAAAAACAACGUCAAUGACAUGCGUUCCCUGUCGGGAGGCGAGCGCUCCUUCUCCACCGUCUGCUUCAUUCUGGCACUCUGGGAAAUAACUGAGUCGCCCUUCCGGUGCCUAGAUGAAUUUGAUGUUUAUAUGGACAUGCAUAAUCGCAGCAUUUCAAUGAACAUGCUUGUAGCACUUUCAGAACGUCAGCAUCUUCGACAGUUCAUCUUCAUCACCCCUCAGUCCACCAGCCAUCUGCCUAAAAGUGCCCAUAUUACGAUCCACCAGCUUCAGGAUCCAGAGAGAGAAGCGGAGGAGGAGUGAGAUGUGCGUUAGCUACAGACAUUACCUGGAGAGACUGUACUGAACGUGUGUAAAGUUGAUGUGUUUGUACAGUUUGUGUUUGCUUUUAUUUAUUUUAGAAACAAGUCUUAUGGUUCUAGUUCCUCUGCAAAGGAUGUUUUAAAAGUGCAAAGCGUUCGCAUAAUGUGUGUGAUUGUGAAGUCCAUGCCAUUUCAUCCAAAGAUCAUCUGGUCUUUUGUGAAAAAAAAGGAGGCUUAAGAAAUAGUUCACCCAAAAAUUGUAUUAAUUACUUUCAGGCCAUCCAAUAUGUAGAUGAGUUUGUUUCUUCAUCAGAACAGAUUUAGAGUAAUGUAGCAUUACAUUACAUGCUCACCAAUGGAUCUCUGCAGUGAAUGGGUGCCGUCAGAAUGAGAGUCCAGACAGCUGAUAUAAACAUCACAAUAAUCCAAAAGUAAUCCACAACACUCCAGUCCAUCAGUUAACUGUUUCAAAGUAAAAAAAACUAUGCUUGUCCAUCCAUCCAUCCAUCAUCUUCUGCUUAUCCGGGGCCGGGCCGCGGGGGCAACAGUCUAAGCAGAGACGCCCAGACUUCCCUCUCCCUAGCCACUUCUUCCAGCUCUUCCGGGGGGACCCCGAGGCGUUCCCAAGCCAGCCGGCAGACAUAGUCCCUCCAGCGUGUCCUAGGUCUUCCCCGGGGCCUCCUCCCGGUGAGACGUGCCUGGAACACCUCCCUGGGAAGGUGUCCAGGAGGCAUCCGAAAUAGAUGCCCGAGCCACCUCAGCUGGCUCCUCUCGAUGUGGAGGAGCAACGGCUCUACUCUGAGCUCCUCCCGAGUGACCGAGCUUCUCACCCUAUCUCUAAGGGAGCGCCCAGCCACCCUAUGGUGAAAGCUCAUUUCGGCCGCCUGUAUCCGGGAUCUUGUCCUUUCGGUCAUGACCCACAGCUCAUGACCAUAGGUGAGAGUAGGAACAUAGAUUGACCGGUAAAUCGAGAGCUUUGCCUUACAGCUCAGCUCCUUCUUCACCACGACAGACCUGUACAGCGACCAUCCUUCCCUCACUCGUGAACAAGAGCCCAAGAUACCUGAACUCCUCCACUUGAGGCAGGAACUCUCCACCAACCUGAAGUUGGCAAUCCACCCUUUUCCGACUGAGAACCAUGGCCUCGGACUUGGAGGUGCUGAUUCUCAUCCCAGCCGAUUCACACUCGGCUGCAAACCAUCCCAGUACACGCUGAAAGUCCUGGUCUGAGGAGGCCAACACGACAACAUCAUCCGCAAAAAGCAGCGACAAAAUCGUAUGGUCCCCAAACCGGACACUCUCCAGCCCUUGGCUGCGCCUAGAAAUUCUGUCCGGUGACAAAGGCCAGCCCUGACGGGAGUACAACAUGCACCGGGAACAGGUCUGACUUACUGACUAACAAUGCUACAUUUCAACAAAUCUGUUCUGAUGAAGAAACAAACUCAUCUACAUCUUGGAUGUCCUUUUCAUUUUUGGUAAACAAUUCCUUUCAGUUUGCAGCCAUUAGCACCUGCUCAUGACCGUUUCUGUAUGUUUUUGUCAGUUUAAACCAGCAUCCUCUGUAAUAAACCACAAUGCUGUUCCUA